GAAAUUCGCAGGGCAGAAAGCGCGCAGAGAUUCCAACGUGAUAGGUUAGAGCCGGAUAGGAAACUGGCACAGCAAGAGAGCAGCGAUUAAAUCAGUCCGAAUUGUAUGUACACUAAUCUGGACUCUUGUUGCGCAACUAAACAUGAAUCUGACGUCGAAACCUGACGAGCCAGAAACCAAGCGAUUGAAGUCUGCAGACGAGCAUGGAGGGAGCUCGGGCCAGCUGGAAGAAGGCGAUGCACGAGAAGGUGCGACCGACGGCGUUCCUGACGCGAGAGAGGCUUCCCUUCGGCAAGGACAGGAGGAGGAGCGCGAGAGAUCAGCGGACAGCGACAACGACGCGUCGGCAGCGAUUGUCGACAGCGACGACGAGUCGUUCGCGUUUCCUCCCGACGAGGAUAUCUCCGACAUGUUGGACGAGGUGCAGUACAACGGUUAUUUCCCCACCGUUACCGAGCGCUACUUCACGCCCUACUACAAGGUGGACGUGCAAUCGCCCGGGGACGAUAUGUGCGUAUGGAUUCACAGCAAUCGUAUCUGCAUGCUCUCCUUGGCGCCCAGCCACGUCAUUUUGCGAGACAACGGGGACGUAGAGAAGGUCGACUUCAGGGUCAGCGACAAAUUGGACAGGUCCCUGAAUAAAGUCUCUGGCAAGGGUAAGCACGGCGCGCAACCGUUGCAGGCCAACUCGAAUAUCUGUACCGUAUGCGCGGACGGGCGAACGUGUGUCAUCAAGUGCUGUAUGAUCGGGAAGCUGGUGGAGGUUAACGAGGCGUUGUCCGAGAGACCGCAGCUCCUCAAGGAGCCACCGCACAAAGGUGGAUACCUGGCUAUAAUACUACCGAAUAUAAAGCUUUUGGAAAAUUUGAAACAGUCCCUGUUGACCCACGAUCAAUAUAUCGAGCUUAUUAAAGAGAGAGAAAAGAAUCAGCAGUAAUGUAUAGAGAAAAUUUUAAUCUACGGCUGUUAUUAUUGAAAAACGAUUUGUUUAAGAAUUUUAAUAAUAAUAGGGAUUACAAUAUGAUAUGCACCGACAUAAUUAAGAUCUUACGCAAAUAAAUUGUAGAUUUAAUUCGAUUUUCUUUAAUUACGAGUAUUAUCACACACAAACGCAAUAAAAGGUGUUUUUACAUGAAAAGAAAA